CUAGGCACACUGUUGCAUAUAAAAAAGAUAUUCAAGCUAUUAUGAUUUCAUAGUUUGUAAUUGCCACUCAUACUUGAACCAGAAAACCAAGCUUAAACCUUCUCCUCCUAUCUUCUUCUCUGCAAAUUCAAUCAGUCAGUGACAACAACCUAGUACGGUUCCAAUCAACCAAAGAUGGUUAAUACAAAAACCGAGGUACCCCAGAAGAGUGUCCUUAGUAUCAAGCAAGAUGACAAGUUCUUCUGCAGGCUUCUUUCAAAGGAAAGUUCAAUGUCCAACCCUUCUUUCAGAAUAGCCCUUGCUGUGCCAUUUGUGUGGGAAUCUGAGCCUGGCACCCCAAAACACAGGUUCUCAGAGGACACACUCCCUCCUCUAACUCCUCCACCUUCUUACCAUUUUAGCACUAUCAAUAGCUACAAAAAGAAAGAGAAGAAGCACUCAUCAAAGUCUAGUCUCUUGCUCACAAUGCUACCAAAGCUGAACCUCAUCAAGAAAAUGAUUCUCUCGUCCUCAUCAUCAUACCCUUCUUCAUGGCCCUCAUCAUCUUCAAGCUCCUCCAAAGUUGUCCCUAUGGCUAAGUUUGGCAAGAAGAAGCUCUUAAGCUAUGGAUCAUCAUGUAAUGAUUUCAAGGGAGAUUGUGAAGGAGUUGGUGGUGCUAGUUCACCCUCUUCCAAAUUGUGCUUUAGCAUUCCUCGUGCCACCUGCAGUUAAGACAGUGAGUUCUAAGGUUUUCUUAAGCUAAUUCAAUUAAGACUUGUCAUUAUAGUUUGGAUCUGGAGUGGACAAUGUGAUUCUUAUAUAGUAUUUCUUUGUAAAUUUUCUAGCUAAUAUUCUUCUUCAUGUUUAGAGGACAAUCUAUUUUCUAUGCUAGAAUUUGUCUUGGGAGUUUUGUCCUCUCAAAUAAUUAACAAGCUUGCUUCCAAAGCGUGUGAGUGUAUCUUAAAAACAUUUUGUGUAGUUUGAAACGAUCAUUGUUUUUCCUUAUUUUUUCUGUGCUUAGAAUGUGCCAAAA